AUGGCCGCGGCCGCCGAUGUGCGUGACAUGCUGGAUCUGCCCGCAGAAGGGCAGCCCAGACCACACAAGAAGCAGAAGGUGGUCGAAAAGCGACCGGAGGGUAUUACUCGCGAAUUGUACGCGCUACUAGGCGAAAGAGCGCCCCCCAUCGCGAUCAAUGAGAAUAAAUAUAAGGGUCGCCCAAAAUGGAUGAACAAAUUGCGCGUCCGACCUUGGAGCAUGGCGCCUUUCACCAACAAUGCUCGCUCUGAUGGCCUGGUUCUCAAUCACUGGCAGAGAAAACACGAGUCGGCCAGACCCCCCGUACCGGCGCCGGCACCCGAGGAGUCUGACUCUCAGAUGGAAGUGGAUCAGCCAAAGGAAGAUGGGAAGGAAGAUGCCCCCAAGCUACCGGAGCAGGAAUACGCUUUCGCCAAAUAUGAUGUCAAACCGCGCUUACCCAAGCGAUACACAGACGAUGAAUAUGCGCGACUUCUCAAAAGCGAAGACUGGUCCCGUGAGGAAACCGACUACCUUGUGGAUUUGGCCACUGAAUACGACAUUCGAUGGGUGCUAAUCGCUGACCGAUACGACUACCAACCGCCAAUGGAAACGGAACCAGACGCCAAUGCGAUUGUACCAGCCAAGCAGUUUCGGACGAUGGAACAGAUGAAGGCACGGUACUACUACAUUGCUGCAACAAUGCUUUCACUGGAGCACCCUCCUUCGGAGAUGUCAGAAGCAGAAUUUGAACUACACGAGAAGAUGCUCAAGUUCGAGCCAGACCGGGAACGUGAUCGCAAGGAGCUGGCUGCUCUUCAGCUUAACCGCACUGCCGACGAAGUUCGUGAGGAGGCAAUGCUUCUUGAAGAGCUGAAGCGUAUCACCAGCAAUGAGCAGAGCUUCAUCACCGAGCGCCGCGAACUGUACUCCCGCCUCGAGGUUCCUAUUAGCGUUGGCAACACGACCAUGUAUCAGUCUAGCGCAGGCCUAUCUCAACUUCUACAAACCCUCCUGCAGGCCGACAAGAGCAAGAAACGCCGCUCGAUUCUUGGCGACGGUGCCAUUCCCAGCCCCGCUGGCCAGACACCCACUCAUGCCGGUGGCCUUGGUCGCGCCGAAACCCCCGUAACUCAAGCCGCAAACAAAAAGGGGUCCAUAACCGCAAGAGAAAACCAGCAAAACGUGCGAACUCUCACCCCAGCAGAGGAAGCCCGGUAUGGCGUUCAGCACCACGAGCGUGUCACUGCAGGUGUCAACUUCCGCAGCGACCGUGCCCAGCGCCUCACUCAGGCCAAGUCCAACGUACAAACCCAGAAAUUGGCCAGUGCGCUCUCCGAGCUCGAGAUCCCCGUCCGUCUCUUCAUGCCUACAGAGCGCGUCUGCAAGGACUUUGAGAAACUUAUCCAGUCUGUCAAUCUAUUACUUGAUGCCCGCAAGGUCUCCGAGAAGGUUGAAAGCGAGAUCCGCGUUCUUGAGGCUGCCAAGGCAGAGCGCGAGCGCAAAUACAGAGAAGCAAAUGGUAUCCCAGAGCCGGAACCUGCUCACCCCCAGGUCAAGACCGAGGCUGAGGACGGCGAUGCAAGUGUCUUGAAUCCGUCUGCUGGUGCCCAAGCACAGUCCACAAACGACAAGUCUGCGCUAGAUCAUGCCCACGGCGCAGAAGGAAACCACAAGCGGUCUGCUAGUGUGCUUAGUGGCACAAGUGAGAGCAACAAGCGGCAACGAAGGUAG